AUGAAGGUUUCUGCUACCCUCGCUGCUGGUGCCCUCGCCCUCGGCGUUGAGGCCAAGAACUACCUCGGUUUCAACUCUGGUGCCACCCUCGCCAACCGUGCCGCCAAGUUCAAGGCCGACUUCCAGGCUGAGUUCGAGACUGCUCAGAACCUGAAGACCGCUCCCGGCGACUUCAGCGCCGUCCGACUCUACACCAACAUCCAGGCCUACUCCGAGGAUGACCCCAUUGAAGCUUUCGAGGCUGCCAUCGACACCAAGACGGAGAUCCUUCUUGGUGUCUGGACUUCCGGCACUGACAACAUCGACAAGGAGAUCAGCGCCCUCAAGAAGGCUGUCGACAAGUACGGCUCCAAGCUGACCGACCUCGUCAUCGGUGUUUCCGUUGGUAGCGAGGAUCUCUACCGUAACUCCGUUACUGGCGUUAAGAACAAGGGUGGUGUCGGUGUUCAGCCUGAUGUCCUCGUUGACUUCAUCAACGACUUCAAGAAGGCUUUCAAGGGUACCCCCAUUGGCGAGAUCCCCGUCGGCCACGUCGACACCUGGGACGUCUGGGGCAACGCUACCAACAAGGCCGUCCUCGACGCCAUCGAUUUCAUCGGUGUGGAUGAGUACCCCUACUAUGAGAACGACAAGGGCAACAGCAUCGACAACGCUGCCAAGCUCUUCAACAAGGCGUACGAGGCCACCAUCGCCGCCUCCGGUGGCAAGCCUGUCUGGGUCACUGAGACUGGCUGGCCCUACAAGGGUCCCAACUGGGAUGAGGCUGUUCCUAGUGUGAAGAACGCUCAGAAGUACUGGCAAGACGUUGGCUGCAAGUACCUCUUCAACAAGACCCCCACUUUCUGGUACACUCUCCGCGACUCCAACCCCGACAACACGAUGAAGUUCGCCAUCACUGAUAACCUCUCCACCACUCCUCUCUUCGAUCUCUCUUGCGACAAGGUUGAUGAUGAGACCACCAGCUCUGCCGUCCACUCCAAGACCAAGACCGAGUCCAGUGCUUCCAAGUCCACUCACGCUUCUAACUCCACCGCUACAUUCACCACCUCUACUGCCUCUGCUACUAGCUCCGGCGAUGAGGAAACUACUGGCACUGCCACCGCUACUGGCUCUGGUUCUAAGUCUACCUCUGGCUCUGAGUCUGGCUCCGGCUCUGAGGGCUCUGGAUCUGGCUCCGGCUCUGAGUCUGGAUCUGGCUCCGGUUCCGGUUCCGCCUCCGAGUCUGGCUCUGCCCCUGCUGAGACUCCCAGCACCAUCACCAACGGUGCUGCUUCUCUCGGCGUCUCCACUGCCGUCCUUGCUUUCCUUGCCCUAUUCGCUCUGUAA